AUGUCGUUCCUCAAGAAGCGGCGCGAGCAAGAACGCAUCCACGCCAUUGCCCAAGGCUUCCUGGCCGACCCCGACAAGCCGCGCACCCUGGCUGAGGCCAUCACCCCCGUAGGAACCUGUCCGGACAUGUGUCCAGAAUUCGAACGUCUUGAGCGCAUUGUGCAAAAGGAUGUCUGGGGUCCCGAGCUCGACGAUCAAGGUGCUCCCGAUGAGCAGCGUAUGGUAAAGAAGUUCAGACGCGCCGCAGCUGGCAUUGACGAGCAACUGCCGUCAGACCUGCGCCCUCCUAGUGCCCUCAAGAAUACCGUCGACUUCCUCUUCAAUGACAAGGUCGCCAAUGCCGAAUCAUUGGGCAGCGUACAUCACUUUGUCUGGGAUCGAACUCGCGCCGUCCGCAACGACUUUUCUAUUCAGCAAAUCACAAAACCCGCCGAUGUCCAAGUUGCCAUUGAAUGCUACGAACGCAUUGCCCGCUUCCACAUCCUAUCACUGCAUCAGCUCGCCGUUCCAGAUAAGCCCUACGACAAAUACGACUGGUAUCAGGAGCGAGAGCAGCUCGACCGUACCCUCUUGUCUUUGAUGCAAUAUUACGAUGACUCGCGUGGACGCGUCGAGUGCAAGAAUGAGGCCGAGUUCCGCGCAUACCUCAUCAUUUUCCAAGCCCAGGACCCAACACCCGAUCUGGAAGAAAGAGUCAACACCUGGCCCAUCUCUGUCAAAUCUGACAGGCGUGUAAGGAUCGCUCUUGACCUCAACUCUGCCGCUUCAAACAUCGUCGAUCCUCAAGGCCCGCUAAAACCUCGCGCUGCUUACACUGUUGCUCGAGAAGACUGGGCCCAUUUCUUCGACCUCGUUCGCUCCAACAAAGUCUCUUACCUCAUGGCCUGUGUCUCGGAGAUAUACUUCAAGCUUGUGCGGCGGACCACCUUGAACGCCAUCUGGCGUGGAUUCAAGGGCCACGUCUUUGAGUUCACCCUAUCUUUGAUGACCCAUAUCCUUGGCUUCGACGACACUGAACAGACCGAAACUUUCUGUCAGCAUUUUGGCUUUGUCUUCAAGGAAUCCACCUCUGGAGGCGAGACCUUUUUGGAUUUGGAUUCGCAGAAGCACAAAGCUCAGGCUUGA